CCCAAACGUCACUGACUUCUCCUUUCAUUCCCCUAGCUGCGUUUACUGUUUGCAUAACAAACAGCUGCGGAUCACUGGUGCAGACAACCUACCGGGUCGCUUUCAAAAUGAACGCUUCUAGAAAAAGUUCAGUUGAUCCUUGAAAUAACCUUGUUUUUAAAAAAAUAAAAUAAAAUAAAGCAACAUGCAUGCAGAGAAUAAAAAGUAAUAGCCCUAAUCCGCGCUGUGUUCGCUGCCCUGUGGGCAAAAGGCAGCAAACAAGAAUCUCAUGAGAGUCAUGUGGACAAUAAAAAAGCUUCUGCUUACCUGGAGAUGACACCGAAAUGUUCACUUUUCUUCUAUCGCAUCUCUCUCUUUCUCUGCUUUGUAUUCAUCGGUGUGCCUAUUCCACUCAAAACUACUCCAGCCGCUGCAGGACCGGGUUUGCCCAGCCUCCGCGAUCAUUAAGUGUCCUCGGUCUGGCUGUCAAUCACAAAUAAGAUCUGAAGUAUAUUCUACUCCAGCCUGUCUGGGCUUGGUCAACGUUUUCGCUCCACCAAUACCCGCUUUAACUGGGUGGGACAUGUCAUUGGUCCCGCCUAUUGGCCACGUAGGGCGUGCGCACUGAAAUCCAUUGACGUCAAUGAGCCUGGCUGGCACGAGAAGCAUCUGUCAAUUAUGCGAGAAAGAAGCAACAUGUGAUAAUCCUGCGCCUUACACACGUAAACACAGUGACGCAGGGGGCUCAUAAACACUGGUGCUGUACGAACAGACGGUGUAUUAUCAUGGCAUGUCAGAGCGGAAAGGCAAAGUGGAGAACAAUGCCACAUCUUAAUAAUAAAGAAGAAAAAUAAGCGCUUCCCGCUGGUUACCUAUUAAACAAGGGCUUGGCACAACGGGUAGCCUAUAUUUUGAUCUGGCAGAUUUUAGACCGGAUGCCCUUCCUGACGCAAUCCCAAAGGGAUGUGUGUCUCCUCCUGGAAUCGAGGCAUGGAUUUUUCAGCCGAAAGAAACUAAAGUUUCUUGGCUCUAAAGGUGAAGCGUCGAGGUUUGAUGUUUGUACAUGCAUGUUAUACAUUCCGUCACACUGGUAUAUAAAAAGGGGAACUACACGAGGAAUCUAGCAGCGGAUGGGUGAAGUGUUCGUUCAGUCCAGCAGAGGAGGAGCAGGCUUUGAAUUACAGGCCACCCCCUAUCCAUCUCCCAGCCCCCCUACACAGAUGCAACAUUCAACGGAGGAAAAACGGAAAAGACGAAACACACAAGAAGGUUUAUCAUUUCAAAACUCCGGAGCUGUGGAAAGAACAGAGAGUUCCUUUUAACCCCACACUCACCCGCUUUUGUCCCACCAGAAGCCCGGCCCUCCAGGCCUUUUAUUUUCACACUUUGCCCAUCUUUUCCCCAGCUGUUUGCAGCUGGCAAAAAAGCACCCGCCCUGUUCGGGAAAAAGUGGACCGAGAGUGACCGGAGGAGGAGAGAGAACGAUGCCACCCGAACCUCCCCAGCCGCAGGUGAGGGGGAACAUCCUGAAGUUCCUCAGGAGUUUUAUGGGAAUUACGCGGAUCCUGCAGAUCGUGUUCGGAGCCUGCCUGUGGGUAACCAUCGCCGCCAACAAAUACGGGGGGUCUAUCCACUUCGUGCUGUUCGUCGCUGUCUUCUUUUGGCUCCUCACCCUGGCCCUUUUCUUCCUCACCCUGCUGGACAAGCAGGACCUCGUGCCUUUGCUGGGAGGGGAUCGCUGGUCGUGCACCAACCUGGCGCACGACGUGGUCGCCGCGGUGCUCUACCUGCCGGCCAUUGGCGUCAUGAUCCACAAUACCAAUCGAAACUCAUUCUGCAACUUGCCUCAGUACAUCCAUCCAUGUCUGUACAAAGUCUACCUGACAGCCGCUGUGUUCGCCUGCUUCUGCUGGCUGGCUUACCUCCUGUCCGUUAUUUUUGGAGCGUGCAGAAAGUGUCAAAGAGGGUGAAAUGUUGAGCAGCGUGGAAGCUUAAGGGUGGUCAUGGCAAGAUGAGGAAUAGUUAACGUCACUGUAAUUUCACUCAGCGGUUACUCUAAUCUCUGUUUUCUCCUCUCUCUUAACAAUCCACGGUGGUGGUGAAACAGGAUCGGCCACCGUUUUCUCGGUGUGUGUUUGAUGGUUACUAACAUGAAAGAGACCUGUUGGUAUGGUGGCUAAGUGCCGUGUAUUGUCUCCUUGUUAAACUCAACAAUAGCCUAUGUAGUUAUGAAGACUCUUAUAAUAUUAAUAAUGUAUGGACUUGUUAUUGUGGCCUAGCAGUAUAUUUAGUGGUAACAGUGAAAUGGCCUUAACAUAGCCUACAUUUUGCAGAUUACUAUUGAUACUGGUUAACAGUCCACCUUAAACUUUUUUUAAAUAGAAUUGCUACAGUUGUUUUAACAGGGGUUUAUUUUCAUUACCUUUUUAAAUAUAUUUUUAUGUUUACUUAUUUUUUACUAAAAGGUUGGACUGAAAAAUCAGUUUGUUUGUUUGUUUGUUUGUUUGUUUGUUUGUUUGUUUGUUUGUUUGUUUGUUUGUUUAAAUCAGUGCCUUCUGUCCGAAUGCUGUAUACUCAACAACAAGGUGAUAACAACAACUCCACAACACAGAUGUGACUGGUGCUACAGUGUGUAUGCUGAACAAAAACCUUUAUCAACAGUUCAUUGUGUAAAAAUCCAAAGAGCAAAAAAUAGGCUUUUAUAAUAAAGACUAGUCAGUCA